UCGUGAUUUUAGACUUAUCACUCGAAUAUUUUUCUUUUUUUUUAAAAAGUUUAUCCAAGUUCAACUUUUAUAUUUCGUUCAUAAAAUCUUCAAUUUCUGCCACAUAUAUUCAAUCUUAAAUCCAUUGAACUGAUAAACGAUUUCUUCAUCUUGAGUGGAAUGUGGAACCAGCCCUUCUAAAGUGAGUGUUUCAAAGUUCUAGUCAGGAAAAUGGACGACUUACCGGUUGAAAUCAAAGAGAUGAUAAUAUACUAUUGCGAUGGAGAAAGCCUCUUCAAUCUCCAGCAAAUUAAUCAACACUGGAAAAUACUAGUUGAUAAAGAAGACGAAAGAAGAAAUCUUUUCAAAUCACGAUUGAAAAGUGAUAUUGAGAAAAAUACGCUGAAAGACGUGAUCACGAAACUAUAUCCUAAGAAGAAUUACCUCUAUUCGAAUCCUGAUCUGUAUAAAUUCGUAUUUUAUGCAACCUUACGAUGGAAGUAUUUCAACAACAGUUGUUUCAAGAUCAAAAAACUGCCUCAUAAAUUCUCAGUUAUUAUCGACUUGAAAACAUCCGGAAACACUAUAUUGGUUGGAGACAAAUGUGGAUUGUACGUGAUUAAGUCGUUAAACGAUCCAUUGAUUUUCUUCGGUAUCGGACGUGUGAAAAAUAUAGAAUUAUUUUGUACCUCUUCCAAAGCUACUAGUAUAGAUCACGAAUAUGACGAGGUGGACGUGAUGACCGAAAACAACGUUCAUCAUUUCUUCAAUUUGCAGAAAAAUACGUUUUAUAAAAAGACUCGCUUUCGCGAAAAUAAGUGUAUCAAAUACUGGAUGGGAAAAUCGAUAGAAUUGGACAUGAAAAAAUCCAACAGAGAUCCUGUACUUAAGGCUGAUUUUUAUGAAAAUUUUGUUAUGAUGGUUACCGAAAAGAACGUUAUUCAAUCCAAAAGUUCUAGUCUUUCCAAAGUACGCAAAACACCUUUCAAUAGCCACGGUUGGAGAGUUUGGUUUUUAUGGCAUUCCAAACUAGUGAUUUGUGCUAAAGAUGACAGUUUGGAAAUUUUUUGCGAUGGAGCCACGACAACGAUAGAUUAUCACUUAUUUCCACCAGUUUCGGCGAUUUUUUAUCACGCUGGGUGGCUUUUUUUAGGCAGCAGAUACGGGAUUUUAUACGGUUACCAGCUCCAUUUCGAUGAAAUCCUAUCCCUCGAUCUGCACAAACAUCAAAUUCGACUGCAAAUCUGUGAUAAAGCUAUAGUAAAAGUCGAUGUUAUAGAAAAUAAAACAUUGUCAUUGGUCGUAGCUUCUGACGAAGAAUUAUUUUUGAUUCGUUGCGACGCUAAAAAAACUAAAUAACUUUACGUGAUUCUUUUUUGUUUCAUUUUUUAUUCCAUUUCUAAGUUUAAUUCGAAGUCUGAAAAUAUUCAACGUUAUUUAAUUGUUAUAAAAAUGUUGUUUGUGAUGUUGAUUUUUGUAAUUUUUCUCUAGUAUGUGUUAUUUUCUAUUCAACUUUUAUUAUUAUAGAUCCGUUAAUUUUGUAUAUAUGCAUGUUUUUUCCCUAAUUUAAUCAAAAAGUAAUCUAAUUUGUUAAUAAGGUCCGUUACAGGAGAUCUAUAGCAUCUCUAUAUUUUGACGAUUGCAUUUAUACCUAUUCGUGUUCACUAAAAUAACGUCGAUGGUCAUCGGUUUAGUUUCUGUUUACGUUUAUUUUGUAUUUACAUAAGUGUAGGUACAUCUUUCUUCAACCAUGUGAUAUAUAAGUUGGAGUAAUAAACGAUUUAAAUGUA